AUGUCGCUACCAACAGACAGUUACUGGUGGCCGCCAGCCUUCCAGAUCAUUGAUUUCAGCUUGAAGUUCGAGGAAACCAUGUUUGAAAUUCUUCCCUCGUCCUCUUUUUUGUUUUUUGGAGCGGCUACCUACUUGUACUACCGCUGUCAACCUGUAUAUAUCCGUGACAGCCUACUGCUAUGGAUCAAGCUUGCCGUUGCUGCCGUACUUGUCGGCUUGCAGCUUGCCAGCAUGGUGCUUCGAUUGACCCACAAGCAUUACCGCACCGAGACCACAUCAGCGGCUAGUUCCCUCGACCUGGCUGCUUCCCUGGGACUUUGUGCAGUCCUGUAUAUAGAACACCGGCAUGCUAUCAGAUCUUCAGCCUUCCUCGCCCUCUACCUGGGGCUAUGUCUGCUUCUAGAUGCCGCCGAAAGCCGGUCCUACUUCCUGAGAGACCUCGCUCCGCUGGGCGGCAUCACAGCCGCCAUGGCUGCCACACGCCUGGCCCUUCUCAUCGUCGAGGAGAUUCCCAAACAGCACCUCAUUAUCGAUCCAGAAGUUCGUGAGGCUUCCACCGGCGAACCAACGAGCGGCUUUUGGUUUGUUGAAGCGAUUGCAGAUGAGAGCAUUGGAGUUGAUGAAAGCGGCGGUCUCAUCGGCGCCAUCACUCUGACAUUCGCUGGCGCUGCACUUUGCCGCGCCGUAUCUAAGCACAUGACUAUUCGACUACUUACCCGUGUCCGAGGUGGCCUUCUUUCACUCCUCUUGGAUAAGAACAUGAAGCUUAAACUGUCGGACGCCAGGAAAAAUGCCAUUAUUACUCUGAUGAGUGCUGAUUUUGAUGGCAUCGCUGAUGGGCUACCCUCUUGCGUGGAAAUUCCUUUCACCUUUCUUGAGACGGGUCUAGGAAUGUUUUUACUUACAAGAUUCGUUCAGCAGUCUAGUUUCGUUAUCGUCUUCCCACUAAUAUUUGCCACUUUUAUCGGCAUUGUGUGUGGCAACUAUAUGAGGGCGGCGCAAAGGAAAUGGAACGAGAGCAUCCAAACUAGGGUGACAAAAACUUCUCGAGUCUUGUCCCAGCUCCCCGCCAUCAAGAUGCUUGGUCUUGGCCCCAAAACUACUGAGUUUGUUCAGUAUCUUCGAGCUCAUGAAAUUGAGGCAUCUAGAAGUUACCGAGCUAUUCAGUCUGGAAUGAUCUGCUCGGCUACCUUGGCGGACCUUCUGUGUCCAACUAUUCUGGUCGCAGCAGCCCUGUUCUGGGGCGCUCUUGGAGACGUCAUAUACCCCUCAAUUAUCUACCCUACUCUCGCUAUUGUGGCGCUUGUUCAGACCCCUCUUGCGGCGCUUUUCCGCUUUUAUCCAGCCGCAUUGACUACCUUGGGAUGCUUUGAACGGAUCAGGGAGUUUCUCUGUCACGAGGAGCAUCGAGAUCCCCGUGUACUUCAAAAUCACGUUCCGAAUGAGGUCGGAGCGGAACAGUCAGCUCACCAGCACGGGUUCUCAGAAACGACAGAGAAAGCGGUGCGACGAUCACUUGCUAUAGUUCAGUUCGACGGCGUUAGCCUGACUAUAUUGGGUAAUGAUGCGCCUAUUCUUAAAAAUAUCAACUUCACACUUCUGCCCGGCUCAAUGACGGCGCUUUUUGGCCCAACAAGUUCUGGAAAGACAAGCUUCAUAAAUUCCAUACUUGGCGAAGUUGAAAUCUCAAAGGGCAUCCUCUAUGUUGAUGACAUUGCCAUAGCAUUGGUGGGACAAUCGACCUGGCUACCCAAUGUCUCGAUUCUGGAAUGUAUUAUUGGAACUUGCAAGUAUGAUGAAGUGUGGUUUAGAACGAUUCUGACUGCGUGCAAUCUUCUCCAAGAUAUCGCCCAACUUCCGGGCGGCGUCAACUACGUGGUCGGCAGCGAUGGUGUGGCCCUGAGUGGCGGACAACGCCAGCGAAUCAGUAUCGCGAGAGCUGCUUACUGUCGCGCCAAGUUGGUCCUGCUUGACGACUCGUUCAACGCAUUGGACCGAACGACCGCCAAUGCCAUACUUUUCAAUCUGUGUGGUGAAAAUGGUCUCUUCCGACAGUCAGGAACAGCUGUGGUAGUUGCCAGCUACUUGCCAGAAUGUCUGGACAUUGCUGAUAAUCUCAUUUACCUAGAUGGAAAUGGCGAUUUUUCCUACCAAGCUGGACAAGGAAGUAAGGCAUUUCGCUCUCAGAUUCUGAAUUUAUUGCGUCACGAGGCCGCUCUCGAUGAGAAAGCCGAGGCUGCCGACAAAAAGGCGACGGUGCAGCCGAAAGAAAAUGUUACGCAGCCAGCUGCACAACCAGUCGAGGAUAAAAAGCGGCAACGGGGCGACAAGACCCUGUACCUAUUUUGGCUGCGUGAAGUCGGGCCUGCCAUUUUUGUAACUUGGCUCUGUCUCAUUACCAUACAUGGAGUAUUGGAUGGUUUUCCCCGGAUCUACUUGAAGAUCUGGGUGGAUAAGGCACCAGGCAAUAGGCUCUAUUUCAUCGGAUACGCACUUUUGCCAAUUGUAUGCGGCAUAUUCUGCUUCGUGGGGAUCUUAUUUUUGUUUAACAAUAUGUGCCCACGUUCAGCACUCAGCCUCCACGAAAAACUUGCCAAAACCGUCAUGGUAUCGACCCUCGGCUUUUUGAGCAUGACCGACUCAGGCUCCAUCCUGAAUAAAUUCAGCUUGGACAUGGAUAUACUGACAAAACGUGUGCCACCUGCUUUGCAUAACACGUUUUACUACGGAGUUGGCGCAGUUGUCAAAGUGGGAAUCAUUUUGUCAGGAGCUACAUAUAUGACACUCCUGAUUCCCAUCAUCCUCCUCGCGCUGUUCUUCAUCCAACGAUACUAUCUUCGCACCUCACGACAGCUCAGGCAUCUCGAGCUUGAGUCACAGGCUCCUCUUGUCACUGCAGUACGAGAAACAUCUGAUGGCCUGGUCUACAUUCGGGGUUUUGGGUGGAAAGAACAGAUGUUAGCUCGUGCCCUGCUUCUGCUAGAUCAGUCCCAAAAGCCGGUCUACUUAUUGUACUCUGCACAGCAGGUACUGGGCCUUUCCACGGACUUGGUUGCAGCUGCCAUGGCGAUAGUUCUUACUCUACUAUCGAUAUUCGUCAAGCAUGGACGAUCCGCAAACUCAGCAGGCGUCGCAUUUUUGUCCAUUGUCGUUGUCGGCAACACCCUUAACGAGCUUGUACUUCAGUGGACGUCAUUAGAGAUGGCGAUCGGUGCACUAUCUCGAAUUCGUUCCUUCAUCACGGGGACACCCAUCGAGUCUGACCAAGGUAGGUCCAGUCUUCCUGAAGACUGGCCAUCUAGAGGUGAAGUACAGUUGAGGAAUGUGUCAGCUCGUUACCGAGACAGAGAAGAUGAACCCUACGUCUUGCAAAACGUAUCGAUUACCAUACAGUCCGGUCAAAAGGUUGGAAUUACGGGCCGCACUGGCAGUGGAAAGUCUUCACUUCUUUAUUCACUGCUAGGAUUUCUUGACUACCAAGGCUCAAUUGUUAUCGACGGUGUGAACCUCACGACUGCUCCCCGCGAUGAGCUCCGAGCGAAGAUUGUUACAAUUUCCCAGGAACAAGUUGAACUAGACGGAACAGUUCGAGAUAACUUACUGCCUUUUGAUGUUAGCUGGGGUGGUGAAGCUGUCGAAGGGGACGAUGAGAAGAAGGCCGACGCGGUGACGAAAGACAGGAUAGCCAGAGAGACACUGGUGCGGCUACGGAUAUGGGACAAGGUGGAGAGCAAGGGCGGCUUGAAUUCAUCUUUGGAAGACGUCGGUUACUCGCACGGAGAAAUGCAGCUGCUGUGCAUUGCGCGAGCUGUUGUGCGCCGCCGUCUGACAGGCAGCAACCUUUUGCUUGUAGAUGAAGCGACUGGCGGCGUGGACCGCUGGCGAGACCAAAUUGUACGGGAAAUGAUGAAGGAGUAUUUCCGAGGAUGCACGAUUAUAGUGGUUGCCCACCGCGAGGAGAGCAUUGCUGAUUCAAACAUCACUGUGGAGAUGGCAGGAGGAGAGAUGAAGGAGCCAAAAGUUUUCUACUGA